UCGGGAACCUUGAAAGUAAUGGGAGGCGCAGUGCCCUGUUGGACUCCACCCCCUUGGGAGGGUAAAGUUGUCAGCACCAUCUAUUAAAGCGGCUAGCAACAGCAUCCGAAGUUCCCAGUGAGAAGCUGAGCAGCCUGGACCUUACUUAGAGAAACCAGGAGACAUCAUGGCAAGAAAGCCCCUGCUUCACUACUUCAACGGAAGGGGCAGGAUGGAGUCCAUCCGCUGGCUCUUGGCUGCGGCUGGAGAAGAGUUUGAUGAGAAAUUUAUAGAAAGUGCAGAAGAUUUGAACAAGUUACGAAAUGAUGGAGUAUUGAUGUUCCAGCAAGUGCCCAUGGUUGAGAUUGACGGGAUGAAGCUGGUGCAGACCCGAGCCAUUCUCAACUACAUUGCCGACAAACACAACCUCUAUGGGAAAGACAUGAAGGAGAGAGCCCUGAUUGAUAUGUACUCAGAGGGCAUUGCCGACUUGUAUGAGAUGGUCCUGCUUUUGCCACUGUGUCCUCCAGAUCAGAAAGGUGCCAAGGUUGACUUCAUCAAAGAGAAAAUCAAAACCCGUUACUUCCCUGCCUUUGAAAAAGUGUUGAAGAGCCACGGGCAAGAUUACCUGGUUGGCAACAGGCUGAGCAAGGCUGAUAUUCUCCUGGUGGAGCUGCUCUACAAUGUGGAGGAGGUGGACCCCAGCGCCAUCGCCAGCUUCCCUCUGCUGAAGGCCCUCAAGACCAGAGUCAGCAGCCUUCCCACCGUGAAGAAGUUCCUGCAGCCUGGCAGCCAGAGGAAGCCUCCUUUGGAUGAAAAAGCUUUAGAAAAAGUAAAGAAGAUCUUUGGGCUACCAUAAAGGAGCAAGACUCCAAGUCCAUACAAAAAGUCUUCUGUUUUUGCAUCAAGGAAAUCUUGACAUAAAUGUUUAUCUUGGCUAUGUGAGCUAAUAAACUUCUUUGAAUUAUAUAUGCUAGUGAAAUAAGCUCUUCUGAAGAAACUGAGCUAAAAUUUGUUCCUUUCAUUUGGAUUCAAUAUGAAAACAGAUUUUCAAUGUUCUGACAUGUGUAUUCUCUGGAAUAAAUAAUCAAAUAAAAA